AAGCAAAGAUUCAUGGAGUAUUAUGCCACCCUAAGGCGGUGUUUACUUCUUAUAAAUAUAUGCCUUUGCAACUCUAUUUUUUCAUCUCAUAUAAUCCAGUAUUAGUUUUGCAGCACUUAGGGAUCAACAAAAGAUAGUACAAACUAAGAUUUAUGGCUAAAAUGAAGUCAUAUAUUUUGGUAGCGGUUUUCGUUGUGUUAAUUGCUACACAAGGCAUGGUUGUUCAAGGCAGUAGCAAUGGCAAUGGGAGCGCAAACAAUGGCAAUAACAAUGGAAAUGGAAAUAAUGGAAAUACCAAUGGCAAUGGGAACCACGGCAACAGCAAUGGUAAUAACAACGACGGCAAUGAUAAUGGAAAUGGAAACAACGGCAACGGCAACGGUAAUGACAACGGCAAUGAAGACCACGAUGACUUGACACCUCUUGGGAGUGGACAGGAACGAGCUCAAUGCAAGGCGAAGGGGCAUUGUAAAAACAAGAUCGUAGUCUGUCCAGCUCAGUGCCCAGAGAAGAAGCCCAAGAAGAACAAGAAGCACAAGGCAUGCUUUAUUGACUGCAGCAGCAAGUGUGAGGUGACUUGCAAGUAUAGGAAACCUAAUUGUAAUGGAUAUGGCUCUCUCUGUUAUGAUCCUCGGUUUGUUGGUGGUGAUGGUGUGAUGUUCUAUUUCCAUGGAGCAAAGGGUGGUAACUUUGCCAUUGUCUCUGAUGAUAACCUCCAAAUUAAUGCCCACUUCAUUGGAAGCAGACCUCAAGGAAGGACUCGGGACUUCACCUGGGUACAAGCACUCUCAGUCAUGUUUGAUUCACACAAUCUUAUCAUUGCUGCAAACAAGGUAUCACACUGGGAUGACAAUGUCGAUUCACUCAAUGUGAGAUGGGACGGGGAAGCAAUUAACAUUCCUACUGAUGGAGAAGCUGAAUGGAGGAGUGACAGCGAAGAAAGACAAGUUGUAGUGGAAAGAACUGAUGACACCAACGCCAUGAAAGUGACUGUUGCUGGUCUACUGGAGAUGGAUAUAAAGGUAAGGCCUAUCGGGAAACAUGAAAACAAAGUUCACAACUACCAGUUGCCGGACAACGAUGCAUUUGCUCACUUGGAGACACAGUUUAGGUUUAAAAACUUAACCGAUCUCGUGGAAGGUGUUUUGGGAAAGACAUACAGACCAGACUAUGUUAGUCCUGUCAAGACAGGGGUGCCCAUGCCAAUGAUGGGGGGAGAGGACAAGUACCAAACUCCAUCUCUCUUGUCUCCCCUCUGCAGGCUUUGCAGGUUUCAGGGCGCAUCAGCUGGGAAUGGGAUCGCCACGAUCUAAUUGAUUAAGUUGCCUUCUCAGCUCAACAUUAAUGAACUUGAUUAAGAAAAUAAAAUCACGUCUUUCAAUUCUUUGUAAACCCAAUACCAGCGAAGGAAACGCUGUAUCAUCAAGGUUCUUUUUUCUUGAAUAUUUAUAUAAAAAUAAUAAUGUUAUGAAAA